GAGGCGGAAGAUUUCAUAUGACGCCCCCCAGCCUACUCAGUAAUGCUGCUGUCUGCUCGAUGGGUCUUGUGACUCUGCUGUUGUCUGUCAACAUGAUGACUUCCCUGAAGUUUGCAGUCCUGUUGCUGGCUUUUUCUUCUUGCUUGGGUCUGCAGUACCGCGACAACUACAUCAUCGAAGAAGAAGAAGAGAAACUUACUGUCGAGGCUUCAAAAUACGGUUCACUGUGGCCUCUGCCGCAGAAAGUGCAAAUCUCAGAGGUUUCAUUCAAGUUGACGAGCAUCAGCUUUAAAAUAGUUGACGCCAAAGAGUCGUCGGCUGGUCCGAGCUGUGGCCUCUUGGAGGAUGCCUACAGGAGGUAUUAUGAGUAUGUGUUUGGGACAGCAAAGAGGCAGGGGCCAUACACAAACAGGCGAGCAGGUCCAGGUGAGCUGACAGAGCUGCAGGUGUGGAUCACAUCACCUGACGCUGAGUGUGAUGAUUACCCCAGUGUGACUUCUGAUGAGUCAUAUGAGCUGACGGUGGAUCAGCCGUUUGCUGUCCUGAAAGCACCAAAGGUCUGGGGAGCCCUGCAUGGUCUGGAAACUUUCAGCCAGUUGGUGUAUGAAGAUGAAUAUGGAGCUAAAAGCGUCAAUACAACAACAAUCAGCGACUUCCCCAGAUUUGCACACAGAGGCAUCUUACUGGACAGUUCUCGUCACUUCUUGCCCAUUAAAGUCAUCUUGGCUAACCUAGAAACGAUGGCAAUGAACAAAUUCAAUGUUUUCCACUGGCACAUCGUCGAUGAUCAAUCCUUCCCUUACCUGAGCCGAACAUUCCCACAGCUGAGUCAGCAGGGAGCUUACCAUCCAUACACACAUGUGUAUACACCUGCUGACGUGAAGAUGGUUAUCGAGUUUGGUCGUCUGAGAGGCAUUCGUGUCAUCCCAGAGUUCGACACUCCAGGACACACACAGUCUUGGGGCAAAGGCCAGCCAGAUCUGCUCACACCCUGUUACUCUGGCUCCCAACCCUCUGGCUCCUUCGGACCGGUCAACCCCAUUCUGAACACUACGUAUGACUUCAUGACACAGUUCUUCAAGGAGAUCAGCGCUGUGUUCCCUGAUGCUUAUGUUCAUCUGGGAGGGGACGAGGUGGACUUCACCUGCUGGAAAUCCAACCCAGACAUUCAGAAGUUCAUGAAACAGCAAGGUUUUGAAGAAGACUACAGGAAGCUGGAAUCUUUCUAUAUCCAGAGGCUCUUGGAUAUUGUCACCACUACCCAGAAGGGCUACAUAAUCUGGCAGGAGGUCUUUGACAAUGGUGUUAAGCUGAAACCAGACACAAUUAUCCACGUCUGGAAAGGAAACCAGCAGCAAUACCAGAAUGAGAUGGCAAAUGUUACAGCAUCGGGGUACCAGACCCUGCUGUCCACUCCCUGGUACCUGAACCGUAUCUCCUACGGCCAGGACUGGCGGGGACAUUACAAGGCCGACCCACAGGAUUUCAAGGGCACUGAAGAACAGAAGAAGCUUGUGAUAGGUGGAGAAGCCUGUUUGUGGGGAGAGUAUGUGGACGGCACCAACCUGACACCCAGACUCUGGCCUCGAGCCAGUGCUGUGGCAGAGCGGCUAUGGAGCGCCAAGGAUGUGACUGACAUCAACGACGCCUACAACAGACUGUCCAUGCACCGCUGUCGUAUGGUUGAGCGUGGGAUCCCAGCUGAGCCCUUGUUUUCCAGCUACUGUCCCCGUGAGUACAAGGGUUUCUGAGAACACUGGUCAUCCUCUGAAGAGAAAGGGAAUAAAUUGCGUGCCCUUGUACGCUAUCAACUCCAUGCUUGUAUUUUAAACCGAGGAAUCAAAUGCUGAACUGCUUUGUAGAGAUUUCACUGUACUGUGCAUGUGUCCUUAGACAUAUCAUCCUUUUAAAAUCUACUUUACACAACUCAUGAUCACACAAAAUGCCAUAAACAUCAUGAAUCUAUG